UGAAGCCAUCACUGGCCAUCGGCCGCAUAUAUAAGACACACAGAGUCGACACAGUUCAAUCGUCACAAUCGUUUCAACCUUUCCUAGCCAAACACAUCAGGAUGAAGAUCUUGGCAUUUAUUGUCGUCAUCGUUGUAGCAUCCGCCAGUGGCGACGCUCAGCAACGAUCGCCGCGUCCCACUACUUAUCCUUCCAUCAGGAUUUAUCACCCUGAAUUUAAGAUUCCUAUUGCCCGGCCGUAUUCAACCAUCAAAAGGGAAGCUCCUGUCAAUCCGGUAGUGAUUACACCAUCAGCAUCCAGGCAAUUAAACAUCGCCAAGGAAGAAACCAGAGAGGAGGUUAAACCGGAGAUCAAACGUCCGUUUGUCAGACAGGUAGCAAAGCCAUUAAUUAAAGAAGAAAUUAAUCCCGAGAGCAAGAACGAAGCCAGACAAGAAGACUCCCAAAAAGUCAAGAUCCAGGCUGUUCGAUCUAUUGGAAAUCAGAAGAACACAAGAUCAUAUUCAUUUGGCUACGUCAUCAAGGAUCAGGACACGUUCAACGAUUUCGAACAGCAGGAGAAACGCGAUGGUGAUGUGGUGACGGGAUCUUAUCGAGUCAGCUUGCCCGAUGGUCGUGUCCAGCUCGUUAAUUACAGGUCAGCACCUGAGACUGGUAACAUCAUGCAAGUCAGCUAUGAAGGUGACGCGAAAUACCCGGAUUACGUCCCAACCAACGAUAUCAAGGACAAUAAAGGCAAAAGGACUCCCGUUUCUGCUUCCAGCCAGGCAGCUAAAGUCAAUCAGGUCAUUAAAAUCAAUCAAGAAAUUGUUAAGAUCAACCAGGAGGUCAAAAGCAAUCACGAAAUCAAGAUCGAUCAGGAUGUCAGAGCGAACGCGGACAAGGAAAUCAAAGCCGUUUACACGCGUCCCAGUCCCGCACCGCCCACACCGAAGGCUACCGUCCUUCCAGUUAAAUAUUCAGCCCAGUAUAAAACUGCACCUCGAGCCCCGAAUAGAGCACGAUCUGUUGAACCUUUCGUCCCAGCCGAAUCGCUUCCUACUCCCGAGAAAUUGGUCGCUGAAUCGCCUUCCGCACCUUCUGAAUCUUUGCUGCGCAUCAUUUCAGAAUCGUUGCCGAAACCCGAAAAAUUCAACGCUCCCGUUCGUGCUAGGAUCGUUGAAUUUCCUGCACCUACUCCCGAAGCUGCCGUGGAAGAGGAUUUCAAUGACGUCAUCGAAUUUGAUGGACCUUUACCUAUUCCAGCUGCUUAUCGCAAUGGCCGCCGCACCGGCCGCCGUGCCACAAUUCGCAGACAGGUGGAGCGAUGGUGGUAAACGAAAGGAAAAAUAGAUCGACCGAAUUUGGACCUCAAUAACUUAUGCAGUUAUUAAGAUUUUUUUUUUUUUUGUGAACUCUCAGUUCCAUACUUUACAUACUUAUAUAGAAUUUUUCGUAUAAUCGGCAUUCACUUUGCGUUGACGCAAUUUGAAUCGCUGCAGAAAUUGUUAUUGUUUCAUUGUUUUUGUUGUUGAAGUAGACUUUUAACAAAAUACACUACGCACCUAUUCAGAA